AUGUUUUUAGCUAGCCUGCUUGCAAGAUUCAUGCACAAUCCUUCUAAGAUGCACUAUGGGGCAGCCAAAAGAGUUCUAAGUGACUGGAGUGGAUCUGAGGAAGAUAUGAAAAGCACUUCCGGAUAUGCAUUUUCAUUUGGAAGUGGUGCAUUUUCAUGGGCAUUAGUCAAACAACAUAGUGUGGCCCUUUCAACAGCAGAAGCAGAGUAUGUGAGUGCAGCAGAAGCUACAUCACAAGCCAUUUGGCUCAGGAGCAAGCACAUUAAGAAGAAGUUUCAUUUUAUUAGAGAAGCAAUCCAAGGAGUGAUUGAACUGCUCUACUGCAAAGGAGAAGAGCAAAUUGCUGACAUCUUCACCAAGGCACUUCCCAAAGACAGGUUCAGCUAUUUGAGGAGUAUGCUUCGAGUGAAAUCAGCUAGCACUUUAGAAGGGAGUGUUAAAAUGUAA